CGGAAGAGACCUCGCCCCUCUGAUCACAUCCAGUCUUCAACUUGUGGUGUCGGUGGGCGUGCUGGGUGGGCGGUGGGCGAGCGGGGAAAGCCUCGGAAGAACGGACGACGCGACGUUAUAAGGCCCCACGUUCACCCUCCUACGGCGGCGGCGGCGAGACAAAACGAACGCUUUUAACAGUACAGUUAUUUCUUUUUCUUUCUCCCUCUCUCACUCUCUCUCUCUCUACGCCUCUCUUCCCCUCUCUCUCUCUCCCUCCCUCCCGAAGACGCGCGUCCGGUAGUUAAAGGAGGCGGAAUGUGAUCGUAAAAAAAAAAUAAAGGAACUCAUAAAAAUGAGUUUUAUUCCAGCGACACCGCUAGACUCCGCCCCUCUCCCGCCGCGCUUCCACCGCCAUCGAGAUCCUCCAGCAGUGCGCCCCCGUGUGUCGAGCGGCCGCCUCUCCUCUACGGAAACUAUAUUCCGAUCCUUGCGGAAAAAAAAGCAGGGUCCAAUCUGCCAAUUCCAACACGGGCCCCAGCAGGGAGGCGAGCCGCUGAAGGGAACAGCAGGGGGGGAAGGAGACGAGAAGGAACAGCCACUGACUCAUCACAUAUGGCGGCGUCUCAACGUUGCCGAAUGGCCGACUUCCCCGACCAUUUUCAGGAUCUUAAACUGCUCUUUUGGGUGCGUAGCGUUCGGGGAUAUUUCCCGCCAUUUUUUUUGCUCAAUAUUCGUGGUUUUCCUUCAAUGAGAUUUGAUAUAAGUUGACAUAAAAUAAUGUAAGAAAAAAAUCUCAAUGUUCGCUAUAAAAUGAAUAGGGAAAAGGCUGUUUUUUUUAGGCUAAAAUAGUUCGUUGGUGAAACUUUUAUCGAAGCCUUGUUGACUAAGAAGCUGUGAUAUGCGGUUUACCGGACAGCUGAUAUGUUCAGAUGCUUCUCGAAUAAAGACUUUAAAUUCA